GAGCAUCCCCGAGAGCGGCAGCGGCGGCAGUAUCUGUAAACUGAGCUUACUGGGAAGAAAAUGAAGAGUACUGCCAGGCCUUGGAGUGCAGUGACCAAGCAAGGGAGUCAUGGGGUUGACAGAGGAAAGCCACUUUCCACCGCCUCAACAGGAAUGAAGACCUCCAAGUCUUCAACUUCACUUGCCUUUGAAUCUCGGCUCAGCAAGCUGAAGAGGGCAAGCAGUGAUGACAUGCUAACAAAACCAGGGGCAGCAGCAGUGGCUUCUGGAGUCUCUAGACUGAAGAAGACCAUUACGACAGGAGCCAUUUCGGAGCUUGCAGAGGGUCGGCUGAAGCCCAGCACAGGGACAGUUUCAGCUGCGAAGCGCACAGGGAUUCCGGCGCCCCGGGAAAUAUCCUCCUCUGUGUCCCGAGAGCGAGCUGUGUUGCGUGGUCAAGCCAACACCAGGAAAACCCAACCCAGCCCCACCUCCUCUGGUACACCAACUCCUACCAAGCACGUGCGCCCCGCCAGCAAGUCCAAGCAGGAGAAUGAAAGCGGUGACAAAGCUGUUCUGGAAUCUCAGGUUAAAGAACUCCUGGCAGAAGCAAAGACAAAGGAUUCUGAAAUCACCAAACUCCGCUGCGAGCUGAAGAAAUGCAAAGAGAAAGGGGCACUUCAGGCUGAGGGAAUGGGUGCUUCCAGCCAAAACUUAGAAGCAGUGUCACCUGUCGACAUGGAUCCGUUGAUCAGGACCCUCCAGGAGAAGAACAGGACCUUUCAGAAAGAGCUGGCCAGCCUGGGAGAAGAGAACCGCGUGCUGAAAGAGAAAUUGCUUUACCUGGAGAACUCUCCUCUCUCAGACACAACAACAAGCAGUGCAGGGAACAGCAGCCUCCCAACCCCAACUACCCAAGAGUCCAGUUUUGGAAGCCCGUCCCAAAAGGCGUCUCGAGGCGAAGCGGAGGAGCGCAGGCAGCGCGCGGCCGGGGGUGCGCUGCGCGAUUCUGCUUCCUCCAGCAGCGACGUGACCAAAGCCUCCUUGUCGCCCGACGCCUCCGACUUCGAACACAUAGCAGAUGUACCUUCCAGGCCAGCAUCCUCCAGCAGCAACCACUUCAAAGGUUCCAAAUGCUCCACCACAGGAAGUUCUCCCAACAAUAUUAGCGACCUUUCUGUUGCGUCUCUUACGGAGAGAAUACAGAAAAUGGAGGAGAACCACCACAGCACGGCAGAGGAGCUGCAAGCCACUCUGCAGGAGCUGUCGGAUCAACAGCAAAUGGUGCAGGAGCUGACAACAGAAAAUGAGAAGCUAGUGGAAGAGAAAGCUCUCCUGGAGACUUCCUUUCGUCAGCAUAGAGAUAGAGCGGAACAGCUGAGCCAAGAAAAUGAGAAGCUAAUGACUCUACUCCAAGAGCGAUCCAAGAACGAAGAAAGCAGGGCUCACGAAGGGAAGGUUCUUGAACUGGAACAGAAAUGUGCUGAAGUUCUUGAAAAAGCACAAUUUGAAAGAGAGAAAUUGCUCAACAUUCAGCAGCAGUUAACCAGCAGCCUACGCAGUUUAGAAAGGGAGCAUCAGGAUGCCCAGCAGGUGAUUAAAAGCCUGAGGGAAGAAAAUGAGAAGCUGCUUAAACUUCUAGAAGCGGAACAGCAGAGCAACAGCACAGUGACAAAAACUCUGGAGGACUGUAAAAUGGCCUUGGAAGGCCUGAAAAUUGAGAAUGGCUCUCUCAAAACUCAGCUGGAGAGUGAGAAACAGAAGGCUGCAGAAAUCAAUGUGAUGGGCUGCACUACUGACAACUCCGAGGUGCAAGAGAUGCUGAAAGUAGCCCGUGCGGAAAAGGAUCAGCUGGAAGCAUCUUGCACUGAGCUUAAACAAGAGCUGCUGAAGGCAAACAGCGAACUGAAGCACAUCCAGGGGCUGCUAUCUAAGGCUGAGAAUGAGUGUGGUCAGCUGAAGGAGGUGUGUGACCGGCAGGCUGAGCAGCUGAGCAGAGCCAGCCAGAAGCUGCAGGAAAAAACAUCAGAGAAUGAAGCAGAUAUUAAGAACCUGAAAGAGACCAUUUUUGAGUUGGAGGACCAGGUGGAACAACAUCGAGCUAUAAAACUUCACAAUAACCAGCUCAUCAGUGACCUAGAAAGUAAAGCAAUGAAGCUGGAAGAACAAAAACAAGAAACAGAGAGGCAGCUGAAGGCCCUGACUAAGCAAAUGAAGGAAGACACAGAAGAGUGGAGGCGUUUUCAAGCUGAUCUGCAGACUGCAGUGGUUGUAGCCAAUGAUAUUAAGUGCGAAGCCCAGCAGGAGCUCCGUGUGGUGAAGAGGAAGCUUCAAGAAGAAGAGGAGAAGAGUGCCAGACUGCAGAAGGAGCUGGAUGAAGUGAAGGGCAGCAACAGGUGCCUGAUCUCUACCAGCUAACACAGCCCUGCAUGGAUGCAUGGCCAGGCCUGUGAGACACUUCAGGACAUACCUUCAACUUGCUGCUGAAAAAGGGAAGUUUCAAUCUGAAGAAGCACCUCCAGUUUUUUUUUUUCCCUGUUGCCCUCUCAAAGCCGAGUGUAUGUCAAAGUGUGAUUGCUGCUCAGGUUCACCUCCACCUCACGGGCAAGAGCCAAUUUCUCCAUUUCAGAAGGUUUCUCUUUUCAGAGGACUCCAUGAGGCAGAAGAAGUUCUGAAUUAAUCUAAAGCAAACUAUGCCAUAAGAAACAAUCACAAAGAUUUGGGGAGCUGAAGUAACUGAGGGCUAUUUUUGGGGUUUUUUUUUUGGAAGGAUGGGGAUAUUUGCCAUGAAACAAGUUCAAACAUGCCAGUUUAAGACUAAAGAAAAGACAGGACUGAGUGUGUCUAGUUUGUAAAGUGCAUACACAUGGAGUUCUCCAUAUAGUGUUAUACUCCUAGGUCUGUGUCUAGCUCCAUGCCUGCACACAGAUCAGGAUCUGCACACACACACAGAGCAGGUGACUGAAACCCAGCAGGAAAGCUGAGUACAAACAUGAAGUGAUGUGUUCAGUAUCGGCUGCUUGGGUGCUUUCAGGUUUUUUGUGUUGUAUUAAGAAGGCACUCACCACUGGGUGGCAUGUCUGGCUCAGUCUGUGUCAGGAAGCAGGGUGGUGCCCGAGCAGUGUGUCCUGCUAUGACUUUCCCAAAGGAUGCCUCACGUCAGGUUUGUCCUGGCUGUGAGAACUGCAGAUGGAGAAACCAGAAAGAAAAGAAAUUCUGGCAUGAAGCCCCUAGUAAAUAUCCUCUCAGAAGGGAAGUGUUUCUCAUGCCCUUUACUCAGGUGAAGUAUAUGAUCAUCAGGGAGAACUUGCUAAGGUUCAGCUUUGCAACUGGAGAUACCUGGAGACAGCUUUCCUUGGAUGCUAAGGAGAAACCUGGGAGCUGCCAUCUCUACCAAGAGACCAUCAGGAUUCAUUCCAGGACUGGAGUUUUGUAUUUUGGCUGUGGGAUUUCCGUCCUUUCCUUCUGGAUGUGAAGACUUAGCAAGGGCCUGGUCUCAGAGCAGGCUGAGCUAGCAGAAAAAUCUGCAGGAUGUCCUGGCUUUGGCAUGGCCUUCACUUCUGUGCCGUGCCCCUGGAGUGUACACACAGAUACACACUUGUGUUGCCUUUCUUUUCUGUGCUGGCAGCUGUUGAAUGUUCGUUUUUAUGUUUUAAGAAAUAUAUAUUAAAGUGCCAAAUAAAUGUUUAAGUGUUUGGAACUGUCUGCUGCCUGCCCUUGGCCUCUCUUCUGUUCUGUGCCUCAGUAGCUGUGUGUCUCUUCUCUGUGUCCCCUUGGCGUUCAGGAGGCUUCACAACAAUGCCAGGAGCUGUGUCAAAGACUAGACUGCAGAGGAAUUCUUUCUGGAACUAGGCUUCUGUGGUCCUAGGCCACCUGUAAUGAAGAGGUCAUUGCAGCAGUUUAGAAGUUUCACAGGCAUGCCAGCUGCUGUUGCCUAAAUCUACACAUUAAGCAGAGAAAGAGCUGUACCUUGUUGACUGUCCAUUGUCUACAGCACCCAAAUGUAGAAAACAAGGAGGCUAACUCUUGCCACUAGGGAAGAGCUCACUGCAUCUAUUUGUCUCGCCAGUGAAUGAAUGAAUGAAACUGGACUGUGAUUUUUGUGAAAAGGGCUGGACUUUUUAAUUCCUUUGUGGCUAAAGUGUGUCUGCUUCUUCCUGGAGCUGCUCCACUUAAGCCAGCUGCACUUGCAGCAUUGAUGUGUAAACCAUUCACUCUUGUUUCAAGGAAAGCACACAGCAGUAGAUGACAUUUCCUUCAAAUCCAUC